ACUCUAGGCUCUAGACUCUCUAGAGCAUUGACGUAUUUGUUUUUUUUGUGAUAUCACUGCUUCAUUACAACAAUAACUACUUAAUGAAUUGACUGAUAACGCACCAAUUUUUAACAAUGGUAUCGAAAAAAGUAUUUUCAUUGAUCAUGGUCAGAAAAGAGGCAGAAAUUUUAUUAGGUUUUAAAUUGAGAGGAUUCGGAGCUGGGAAGUGGAACGGUUUUGGAGGGAAAUUGGAGCCCAAGGAGAACAUUUACGAAUGCGCUCUACGGGAAUUAAAAGAGGAAUGUGGGCUAAGUGCAAAAAAUUUACGGCAAAUCGGAAUCCUCGAUUUUGAAUUUGAAGGCAACCCAAUUCUUUUGGAAGUUAACGUUUUUGAAACUUUCAGUUUCGAAGGAGAAACAGUCGAAACAGAUGAAAUGCGACCAAAAUGGUUCAAAUUAUCAGAUGUUCCGUUUAAUCAGAUGUGGCCAGACGAUACUAUUUGGUUUCCGUACAUGUUGAAAGGAAUUCCAUUCAGAGGCUAUUUUCUUUACCGCGGAGAAGAAACAAUCCUGAGCCAUAAAAUCAAUGAAUCUAUGGAAUUUUCUAAUGUUUCGGUACAGAAUUCAUGAAGAACAUUUUCCACGUUUGUUCUUUUUUUAUGUAGUUCAGGAAUCUACUUUUGACACUUUACAAUACUGGAAAUUGUGAGUUUGAACGAAAGUUCUGUUGUAUAUGCCUUUAAUCUUUUUGAUCCCUCAUCGAGGAAUCUUUGUAAUGGUACCAGUGUCGAACAAAUUUUAAUUUAUUAAAUUAAAGUUCCUCAAUUUAAAAA